AUGGACCUCUUGCGCAACCUAGGAAGGGGAGCUUCCUCCUGUUCGAAACGUCCGCCGCCGACACGCGACGACUCUCCCAUCUCGGACAUUGACGACUCGAACGGUAAAGGCGAUGUCGCGAUCGAUGUUGGGAUCAAGGCUGUGUUGAACGCUGCUAGCGAUGUUCGCGGAACGAUUCCCGAUGGAGUUGCGGUUGAGGAUGCGAAGAAGGAGAUCAUCGUGCAGCAACAGCAGCGUCAAGCGGUUGUGACGGACACGCAGCAGGCGGUGGAGGAAAAGAAACGAUGUGAGGAGGAGGAGGAGGAAGAGGUGGAUGAAUUGGUGACUGUUGUCGGCGAUGAUGGCGAUGUUGGUGAGGGUGUGGGUGUGGGGAAGGAUGGAGUCAGAAAAGCGGGGGUGAGUGCAGAGGGUGUUUCGUCAGGAGCUGCUUCUACCCGCAGUGCGGAGAACAUCGUGGAUAUCAAGGUCGACGCGAUCAAAGCCUCUUCCGUCAACAGUGACGGCCAUCCUGGCCCCGCUCACGGUGUCAACGGCGCACUUGCUCCUCCCGUCCCCGUUACCGCUUCGGAACCCAACACGAACAACACGGGUGGUCAGUCCGACCCUCAACCUCGACCUAAUCCGCAACCUCAAGCUAUCCCGCAACCUCAACCUGUCCCGCAACCUCAACCCAUCCCGCAACCUCAACCCAUCCCGCAACCUCAACCUAUCCCGCAAGCCGCCAACGGCGGAGACGUCGACAUGCCCGACGACCUCAACCCUCCCCCGCCCUCCCCUCCUCCUCAACGAUCCUCCGCACCCACCCCGGCUCCCGCUCCCGCUAUCAUCUCUAUCAACAUCCGAGACGCCAACAACUACGGAACCUGGUUCCGCUGCAAACCCUCAACCAAACUAUCGAAGCUUUUCACAGCCUACGCCGAUCGAUAUGAUACAGACCUCAGCAAGAUCCGUUUCAUCUCGCAAGAGGGGAUUCAGCUGCCCAAGACUAGUUUAAGGAUGACAGUGAGUGGAGCAGGGUUGGAGGAUGGGGAUGAGAUCGAUGUUAUGCUCGAGCAGAUUGGUGGUUGA